GUUUUCAAGCCUCUGCGUGAUUGACAACAAAAAUCGGCGGUUUUUAUUAUUAUCAAAAUUAGUAAAUUAGUAAAAUACUACAGCUAAACCGUUUACAAAAUCAUGGCAACAGGAGAUCUUGGUAACAACAUCCGCAAGUUGAGAAAAAGGCUCAAAGAAAUGAAAUAUGUAGAAGAAAUAGAUAUCACAGGUGUAAGUGAGGGUGCACCAAAUGCUUUUUUGCCAGUCUACCACUACGCCUUCACCAGCUUCAGUCCAGCAGUUGCUGAGCUCAUCCUGGGCAAAGACAUUGAGCUAUAUGGAAAAUCUGAUGCCAGGUUCAUGGAAGCAAUAUAUAAGGUGUUGAGAGAUAUUUUCGCCUACAAACCACCCAUCACUAAGGAGCAGUUCUUUGGGAAAGGUUUUGUGGAACGCAAGAUUAUAAUGUGCACUGAGAUUCUUGACCUGGUGCAGAAAAAACAAUCCCAGCUCAACCCUGGCCCAAAGAAAACAACCAUGAAAACCAGUGUCAGACCAAAGUCUGCUCCAGAGGGACGUUUGUCCCAAGGUGUGUCUAAGAGAAAAUCACUGACUCAGAAUCAACAGGUCAUUAAUGAGCUGAUAACGCCCGCUGAAUCCCAGCCUGUGCGACAUGUCUCACAGGGGACCAGCCACACUGUGCCCGUACGCCAUGUUGCAGAAACUAACAACAGUUCAGAAAGGUCCAGCUUUGAGUCGGUUGGCAGUUACCGUUCGGAUCAACAGCCUACAGAAGUGGUGUCAAAAGUCACGUUCAGCUCUCCCAGGGAAGUGCACAUGUACUCUCCAGAGUCAUCAGCCAGUGGACAGGGUCUGGUCUCGGACCGUUUCCAGUUCAACAGUUGUUUUAACACGCCGAGCAUUAAGAGGGCGUGUCUUAAUUCUGUAGAGGUCAUCUCCAUGCCAAGAAAUCACGAUACACAAGAACCGAGCAUCCUGGAGAUACAGGCCCCCUCCCAUGACUCCAUUCUGAACGGCCCCGUGGCAUCACAGCAGGACCAGCUGCUGGAGGUCACCUCACAGGUGUCAGGACUGCAGGAGACAGUCACCAAACUUGUGACCAGCAUGCAUACCCAGAUGGAACUGAUGCAGAAGUCAGGAUUACUGGGGGAUUCGUCAGGGAAUAAGAACAUCAACAGCAGCAGCAACAACAGCAGUAUCCAGCUGGAAAAAGUGCUGUCCCAGCUGAGUACGCUGGCAGCCAGAAUGACCUUACUGGAGAACAGAGUCUCCAUCAUUGAGUCAAAAAUAGAGUUAACCAGUCAAAAUAUUGAUGAUCUCAAUUUAGACACAGGGAGCAGAGCAGGUGCACCAAAUACCCAGAUCCAACCCUCAGGAAAAUCUAACCCUGUCAACUCGAUCCAUGUGCCAGAUUCCCAUCUCUUGGCGGACUCUAACCAGUCCGAAAUAGCUACCUGGACCUCAAAAUCUCUUAAAUCUUUGGAUCCACCUGAGAUGCGGCCACUAUUUGAUGGACCUGGAUCAUCCUUUGCUGAAGAGCUUCGUUUGAUGCCAACCAGCAAACGAGUCGACUCACUCAAAUCAACGGAAAUGGCCCUGAUCUUCUCGCCGAUCCGGAAACUGCAGAACGUGUUUGAGGGACAGCUGAUGUCCGGAAACGAGGACACAUUUGUUGCCUUGGAAACGGAAGACGACGCAAGGCGUUCAAGCACACCAACAUUUAGAGAGACGUUUGAGGAUGAGAGUACUCUGAAGUUUAAUUGCUCUGAUGUCAACACAAAGGCUACAGCUGUUCGAAUAAAUAACAUGCUAAAAGAAACAAUGAAAGAGAUCAACAAAAUGAAAGCACCUGAGGAAGUUCAAGCUCAGCAGUUUAUUUGAAACAUCCAAAUUAAAAGAAUAAGGGUAAAAAAAACAUGUGAACUGAAAGUAGACACCAAAACCAAGUGUUGUACAAUAAUCAGGCAAACAUCUGUUAUCAGGGUGCGAUGGGAAACAUGUUAGGAUAUGGAAUUG